AUGGAGAGAAGAAGAUCGAAACCGGUUCAGGAUUUGCCGGAGACAAUCCAUUCGUUGCUCGGUUUGAAAUCUAAUUUGACUUCAGCUUGGGUUGAAUCUGUGUGCAACAUCGCCAAGAAGGUUUCUUCAACGUCGAAGGAAGAAGACGACUCUGUUUUCAUCGACGAACAGAGCAUUAGAGAUCAACUCUCUGCACUAACAGUUCAAGUAAAUGAUCAGAACAAACGAAGAAGACAGAUUCUUAACGAGUUUUUGGACCUUAAAGGGAACAUUCGUGUGUUUUGUCGAGUCAAACCCUUAGACUCGAAAAACUUGAGAGCACCGGUUGCUUCUGACACAAGAAACGUUAUCAUCAAGUUAACAGAAACCAAGAGGAAAACAUACAACUUCGACAGCGUUUUCCAACCUGAUUCAUCACAAGAUGAUGUGUUCUUAGAGAUCGAACCAGUAAUCAAAUCGGUUAUCGAUGGCUACAACGCUUGCAUUUUCGCGUAUGGACAAACCGGUACUGGGAAAACGUUUACAAUGGAGGGUCUUCCGGAUUCUCCAGGAAUCGUACCUCGAGCUAUCAAGGGAUUGUUUAAACAGGUUGAGGAAAGCAACCAUAAGUUUGUAAUCAAGUUUAGUAUGCUUGAGAUUUACAUGGGAAAUCUCAGAGACUUGCUUCUUUCUCAAGCAACUAAACACAAUCCAAUACCUCCAAGCCUUCUGAUUCACACAGACGCAAAGGGAGAGAUAGAUAUCGAGAACUUGGUGACUAUUAAAGUGAAGGACUUUAACGAAGUCUUCAAGUUAUACAAAGUAGGUUGUCGAAACAGAGCAACUGCCUACACUAACUCUAACUCUGCAUCCAGCAGAUCACACUGUAUGAUCCGUGUAUCGGUCACUUGUCCUGGAGCUCCUGAGAGACGGCGUGAAACAAACAAGAUUUGGCUAGUGGAUCUUGGAGGAAGCGAGCGUGUGUUGAAAACCAGAGCCACUGGUCGUCGUUUUGAUGAAGGCAAAGCCAUUAAUCUCUCGUUAUCUGCUCUCGGAGAUGUCAUCAACUCUCUUCAACGCAAGAAUGCUCACAUUCCUUACAGGAACAGCAAGCUCACACAAGUUCUGAAAGACUCUCUCGGGCUGGAUUCUAAAACCUUGAUGCUUGUCCAUAUAAGCCCAAAAGAAGAUGAUCUGUGUGAAACCAUAUGCUCUUUAAACUUCGCAACGAGGGCAAAGAACAUCCACUUAGGGCAAGACGAAUCACCGGAAGAACAAGAGAAAAAGGAGGCUGUGAUGGCGAAUCUGCAGACUUUGAUGGAGAAGAUCGAACAAGAGCGUGAGUUAGCGUUAAGGGAGAUGAGGAUUCUAAACGAGACACUGGAGAAACUCUGUGGUAAGCCUCAUGUUAUUGAAGAAGAGAAAGAGGAUGUGAUCAGAGAAGAGAUUCAAGUUACUCCAAAGGUACCAAGAAGGAAAUCAAGACGUGCUUCAGAUGUUUUCCCAAGCUUCAUGAGACCAACAGCUAGUAGCAACAGGAGAUUAUCAUCAGGUACAGACUUUGGUGUAAUCGCCAACACUCCAGGCUUUUCUAGAAGGAACUCAAUGGUAUCCGUCCGAGCUGAAUCUGUGCGUCUUCCCGUGAAGAAGAAAGGAUAUGAUUCUAUGUGUGACUCAUCGGAGAAGAGCGUUUCCAAGUCAACGUGCGUUAGGCGUCUUAAUACAUCAGAUGAUGCAACAACGGUUUAUAGUCAGGACAUAUCUGAAUGUGAUAUCAAGCUGGUCGUCUCUGAGCAGAAGCCAAAAGUAAUGGAGAUGGGACCUGGAUCUGCGAAAAAACCCGGUUCCAAGAUCGGUGUCUUUCAGAAAGAUGCUAACCAGAAAAAGGGUGGGACAGAGUUUUCAAGGAUUAACAGCUGGCUUCGUUCGCAAUCGGAAAACAGGAGUUGCUUGCUUGACAAGGAACAACUUCCUUGUGGUCUAGGCUUUGAAAAACUGGAAGAUAUUGAGGAGUAUAAGACAGAGGAGAGAGGGUUUAAACCUACGCGGAUGCUUAAUGAUCUGUUUGAGCUGCAAAGUCUUUGUUCUCCCGAAACAGAGGAUCAGAUUCUGUCCAAAUACCCAAAUCCUGGCUACGACGACGAGGAAUCUCUGUACCCUCCAAGUUUAGAGAACGAUGGACUUAGCCAACACAUAGACAAUGCAUGGUUUGGAGUUGAUCAAAGCGCGGGUAGGGAGAAAGAUUCAUCGGCCUCGAUCUUGCUGCGCGAAUCGGAACUCAAACAGCUCUUCCCGGAUCAGUCACUCAAACCGAAAUCUCCUUUGGCGUUCACGGAAAAUGUAGCUCCACCAUUUCUUAGACCACAAGAAACCUUGGGAGAUAUAGGAAAAGCUCAUACGUUUAUGCAGAGGCUUAAGGCUCUAUUCUUCCGUGUUCUUCUGGGAUUAGGGCUUAUUGAUGUGGGCUAUGGGAAUGACUUCUUCAGCGGGUUAACGAAGUAG